AUGGCUGUCAUUGUACCUCUCUCAGCUGUGAUGGCUGUCAUUGUACCUCUCUCAGCUGUGAUGGCUGUCAUUGUACCUCUCUCAGCUGUGAUGGCUGUCAUUGUACCUCUCUCAGCUGUGAUGGCUGUCAUUGUACCUCUCUCAGCUGUGAUGGCUGUCAUUGUACCUCUCUCAGCUGUGAUGGCUGUCAUUGUACCUCUCUCAGCUGUGAUGGCUGUCAUUGUACCUCUCUCAGCUGUGAUGGCUGUCAUUGUACCUCUCUCAGCUGUGAUGGCUGUCAUUGUACCUCUCUCAGCUGUGAUGGCUGUCAUUGUACCUCUCUCAGCUGUGAUGGCUGUCAUUGUACCUCUCUCAGCUGUGAUGGCUGUCAUUGUACCUCUCUCAGCUGUGAUGGCUGUCAUUGUACCUCUCUCAGCUGUGAUGGCUAUCAUUGUACCUCUCUCAGCUGUGAUGGCUGUCAUUGUACCUCUCUCAGCUGUGAUGGCUGUCAUUGUACCUCUCUCAGCUGUGAUGGCUGUCAUUGUACCUCUCUCAGCUGUGAUGGCUGUCAUUGUACCUCUCUCAGCUGUGAUGGCUGUCAUUGUACCUCUCUCAGCUGUGAUGGCUGUCAUUGUACCUCUCUCAGCUGUGAUGGCUGUCAUUGUACCUCUCUCAGCUGUGAUGGCUGUCAUUGUACCUCUCUCAGCUGUGAUGGCUGUCAUUGUACCUCUCUCAGCUGUGAUGGCUGUCAUUGUACCUCUCUCAGCUGUGAUGGCUGUCAUUGUACCUCUCUCAGCUGUGAUGGCUGUCAUUGUACCUCUCUCAGCUGUGAUGGCUGUCAUUGUACCUCUCUCAGCUGUGAUGGCUGUCAUUGUACCUCUCUCAGCUGUGAUGGCUGUCAUUGUACCUCUCUCAGCUGUGAUGGCUGUCAUUGUACCUCUCUCAGCUGUGAUGGCUGUCAUUGUACCUCUCUCAGCUGUGAUGGCUGUCAUUGUACCUCUCUCAGCUGUGAUGGCUGUCAUUGUACCUCUCUCAGCUGUGAUGGCUGUCAUUGUACCUCUCUCAGCUGUGAUGGCUGUCAUUGUACCUCUCUCAGCUGUGAUGGCUGUCAUUGUACCUCUCUCAGCUGUGAUGGCUGUCAUUGUACCUCUCUCAGCUGUGAUGGCUGUCAUUGUACCUCUCUCAGCUGUGAUGACAGUCAUUGUACCUCUCUCAGCUGUAAAACUGAGAGAGGUGUAUGAUAACACAAUGUCAUUAUUCAAGCCGGAUUUAAACGGCUUGUCAAUAACUAACUUUGUGACACUAAAUCCCUUAGUUAACUAG